GUGUUAUUCCCUUUCAACCAUGAUUUACACAGCUACCGAUACAUUCUAUCUAACUGAUGAACACCUUGAGAACACACCUUCUAGAAAAGAUGGAAUAGAUAAAGCCACUGAAACAACACUUAGAAUAUAUGGAUGUGAUCUUAUCCAAGAGAGUGGCAUUUUACUCAAGGUACCUCAACAAGUAAUGGCCACAUGUCAAGUUCUAUUUCAUCGCUUCUACUGCAAAAAAUCUUUUGUUCGUUUCAAUGUGAAGAGAAUUGCUGCAAGUUGUGUUUGGCUUGCUUCAAAAUUAGAGGAAAACCCUAGAAGAGCAAGACAUGCCCUCAAUGUUUUUCAUAGAAUGGAAUGUAGAAGAGAGAAUUUACCUAUAGAACAUUUAGAUGCAUUCUCAAAGAAAUAUACAGAAUUGAAGAUGGAUUUGAUUAGAUCUAAAAGACAUUUAUUAAAACAAAUGGCUUUCAUUUGUCAUGUGGAACAUCCUCAUAAGUUCAUAUCAAAUUACCUUGCUACCCUUGAAACCCCCCCUGAGUUGACACAAGAAGCUUGGAAACUUGCAAAUGAUAGCUUGAGAACAACUUUAUGUGUUCGAUUCAAGAAUGCAGUGAUGGCAUGUGGUGUUGUAUAUGCUGCUGCUAGAAGAUUCCAUGUCCCCCUCCCUGAAAAUCCUCCAUGGUGGAAAGCUUUUGAUGCUGAUAAAUCAGGUAUAGAUGAAGUUUGUAGAGUUUUAGCUCAUUUAUACACUCUACCAAAAGCACAAUAUAUACUUGUAUGCAAAGAAGGAGGCUCAUUCACUGUGUCUAAUCGCUUUUGGGAUUUCCCCUCUCAACCCCUUCCUAAGGAAUCACAAAUGAUUGAUGAUGCUAAUAUAAACAAGGUGUCUGUGGUGUCGGUUUCAGUGUCUCCGGCAUGUGUGAUUCCGGAGUUGAAAGGCGGAAUUGGAAAGGUGAAAGAUUCAACAAAGAGUGAUGAUGUUGAUGAGAAAAUUGAGAAUCAGAGUGUUGUUCCAAUUCCGGUUAAGGGGAAUCUGUUUCCAAAAGCAAAGAAAGGGAAAGGGAAAGGGAGAAAUAUAAAAGAGGGAGGGAUUCGAAAAGGGAAAGGAAAAGGGAUGAUAGAGAAAAAGUCAAAGAUAGGAGUCAUCGGUCAAAGGAUAGAGGAGGAAAGGAUUCAGGUUUAG